UAUCCUAAGCGAGUAGUUGGUCUGUUUAGUUUCUAAAGGUUCUUAUUCCUUACUUGAAAACAACUUCGAUAAAUUACUUAAUCAAAAUGUGGAAAUAUUUUUCACGCUUGAGAUUUAAGGAGUAAUACAUGUGUGAUGUGUGAGUGUUGUUCAAAAAAUCAUUAAAAUCGAGAAUAAGUGCAAUAAAAAACACGUUGCACUCUACUCGAAUGAAUAAUUAAAAUAUUCGUUUGGAGUAGUGUGUGUGAUUUUGAGUUUCACAUAUUUUUCAUAAAUGGUGGAUUACAAUAAUUACAAAAUGUCAGCAAGCGAGGAGGAUUUUGAUCAACAAUCACAGCAAGGAAUGACCAAGGCAGAACUUAGAAGGAACAACAAACCGAUCAUGGAAAAACGAAGACGAGCACGAAUAAAUCAAUGCUUGGACGAACUAAAAAAUCUUAUUCUCGAAGCGUUAAAAAAAGAUCCGACGAGACACUCAAAGAUUGAGAAAGCCGAUAUUCUUGAGAUGACGGUAAAACACUUACAAACCGUACAACGUCAGCAAUUGAAUACUGCAGUAGCUACGGACCCAGCGGUACUUACGAAAUUCCGUUCCGGAUUUUCCGAAUGUGCCAUGGAAGUAUCGCGGUACGUCAGCAACCUAGAGAACGUCGAUCCCGGUGUGAAACAGCGUCUGCUAUCGCACCUGAACAAUUACGUUAGUAAUCUCCAACAAAUGGGACCGUUCUACAGCCAUUACGUGCCCUACAUGCCGGAACGUCUCUAUCCGGAGGUAAAGGUCGGCUACCACAGCGAUCUAGCCAAUGGAGAUGAGAAUAAUAAUGCUAGUGCACGGAUACAGAUACCUAACGGUGUUCAGUUGAUACCUAGUAGACUUCCAACGGGAGAAUUGGCACUGUUAGUCCCACAAUCAGCAGCAAUGUCUACAAACUUUUCAUUUUUCCCACCAUUACCUGAAUCAAUAUCUAGGACAAUGACAUCAUCUGCUUUUUCAUCGGUACAAAGAGCACGCAGUCCUCUGGAAAGUCCAUCAACGUCUACGUCUAGCUUCGGAGAAGAAAAUCCUCAAAUGGAAUGUUACCAGCAAACGCAUCAAAAUACCAAAUUCAAGGCACCUGAACAAAGUUCUAGUAGUGGUAAAAGUUUUACCAGUACACCGGAAACGCAAAAGUUUCAGAUAUCUUCAAGCAGCGAUAGAAAAUCACCUUUGUUAACAACGUCAAUUGAUAUUAGACCAGGAAUUAAUGAUAACAUAAGAAAAGAACAUAUUCGCAAUUUUUCCGAACAGGUGGAUUCCAUUUCCUCGAUGAAUAAUUUACGACAACCACUUUCAGUUAUCACCGAUAGAGCUUACAAUCGUCCAUGUUCAUCUUUAAGCAGCAACGAUCUCAAAAGAAGCGCUUCUAAUAGGCUAUUAAUUAUUCCUGAUAAAAAACAAAAAAUGGAAGACGAAACGUCGUCUUCAAUCAUAUCAUCUAAGGAAAAGAAAAAUGUAAAUGGCCAUGGAAUUAACAUGGAGGAUCAAACAAUAAAUUCAUCAUCAUCGACGAGUUUUAAUACAAAUCGUUCUAAUAUCAAUACCUCACAUGUUUUUUCUAAUUCUGCUGGUUCAUCUUCUUCGAAUGGAGAUAUGUGGAGACCAUGGUAGUCCGGUCUCCUUGCUUUGAAAUAGAUUGAUAUAAAAUGUAUUUUUUUUGUGAUUUUUUUUUUAUUCUCCUCCAAAAAAUGACGUAAAAAAUCUUAACUUAUUCAAGAUUAGUAUUUAUGAUUGAUCAAUAAUUUCAAAUGAGGUUAAUCCUUAAUGGUCGUAAAUCAUCACUUAUGUGACAACAGUAAUAAAAUAGGGACUUUUUCACAAAAAAUAAUUUAAAAGAAAAAUCAUAUUCUUUUAAUAUUGACAAUUAUUUUGCAUGUUUAAAUCAGCCAAGUGUAAAUUAGUGAGAAAUCUUGUAUAAAAAGUUAGCGACCAAUAAGGGUUAAUUAUAUGUUUCAUUAAUAUUUUUAUCUACGUUAUGUAUUGCGAUAUUAUUUAUGAUUGAAAAAUUAUAGUUCUUUCUUUUUCUUAUCAUUGAAAUUCUUUCACUCGUAAUACAUAUAACAAACAAAACAAACAAAA